AUGUUAUAUGGAGAUAUUAACGGCCUUGAGGGAGAAUACCUUAGAAUAUGGUUACGGGAGACACUAAAACUUUCAUUUGAACAUGUACACAAAAACCACAUGUUGGAUGCGAGUAAUUUUUUCUAUGAUUAUAAAGACAUAAUUCUCGAUGGUCCUACAGGUAACGAAAACAUCAGGAUAAAGGAAUCAUAUUAUUUCGGUGGUUCAAAGAGAAAGGCGACAAAACUGAAAAUCAUAACUACCGAAGAAGCAGUAUAUAAUAUUUUUAUGAGUAGCGUCAAAUUUAAUAAAGUCUGCAUAAUCAUAAGUCAUUGGCGUUAUAAAGGUAUAGGUUUUUAUGCACAGUUACUUGUCGAAAGUACAAUGAUCCAGGCUCGCAAGACAAUUAAGGAAAAUCAAAAAUAA